UCAUCAAUCCAAAUACUAAAUUGUCUACUUUAUUAACACGAUGAUUUCAUCCAAUUAUUAUUAUGUUGUUACACUUGUUAUAGUCUUGAUUUCUAACGUACCAUGUGAGGCACAACUAUCUUCAACGUUCUACGACAGUACAUGCCCCAAUGCGCUGAGUACAAUCCGAACCUCCAUCCGGCAGGCCGUGUUGAGGGAGCGGAGGAUGGCCGCGUCCCUCGUCCGCCUCCACUUCCACGACUGCUUUGUUCAGGGAUGUGAUGGCUCAAUCCUAUUGGAUGAUACCACCGGAGAAAGAGUUGCAUUGCAGAAUAACAACUCUGUCAGAGGGUUCGAAGUGGUGGAAGCCGCGAAGCAGGCGGUGGAGGCUAUAUGUCCCGGGGUGGUGUCGUGUGCUGACGUGCUGGCAGUGGCGGCGCGUGAUGCAACGGUGGCUGUUGGAGGGCAAUCGUGGACUGUGAAACUUGGGAGGAGGGAUUCCACCACCGCCGCCACCAGAGCACAAGCUGAAAGCGACCUUCCUCGCGGCAGCGAUUCUCUUCAAACCCUCAUUUCCAACUUUGCCAACAAAAACUUAAAUGAAAGAGAGAUGGUUGCUUUGUCAGGAUCACACACAAUCGGACAAGCUCGAUGCGUGACUUUCCGGGCCAGGAUCUACGGCAACACCAACAUCAACCCCGGAUUCGCAAUCAUGCGGCAGCGGCAGUGUCCUCAGACCGGCGGCGAUAACAAUCUGGCGCCGCUGGAUCUGGUGACGCCGAAUUCGUUCGACAACAAUUAUUUCAGGAAUUUGGUUGAGCUGAAAGGGCUGCUGGCAUCAGAUCAAGUUCUUUUCAGCAACGGAUCGAGCGACAGCAUUGUGCAGGGAUACAUCAACAAUCCGAGGAGUUUCCAAUCGGAUUUCGGCGCCGCCAUGAUCAAAAUGGGAGAUAUCGAACCCUUAACCGGCGGAAAUGGGAUAAUUAGAAGGACAUGUGGUUCUGCUAAUUAAGAUAAGAUCAAUGCUACAAAUUUAAAUAAAUCAGUGUGUCGUUUUCGAAGAAUGUGAUGUGAUCAUGUAAUUAAGUGUGGUUGCUUCUAUCAAGUGUUUAUCAUGGUUUCAAUUAUAGAUUGUCAAAUAAAAAGAAGUAAAUCUAAAUUUUUUUACUUUUA